CGUAAAUAAGACAUUUACCCUUCAAUAUAGUUUCUCUCCCUUGAUGGUCACAUUACCCAUCAACUCUUGACUAAGUAAAAAUGACCGCCAUGUUACGAUUGUUGUUGUUAUUCACCACAAUUAGCUGCGUUUCAGGGGUUUACUACAGUUUGUGGUAUUCCUUGUAUGGCUGUAAUCCUCCUAAAUCUUUGAAAGCUCGAGUUGAGCUGGUUGGUUAUGAUAACGACAGAAAUAAUGAUGGCAAGACCGACAACUCAGAUUUUGAAAGAGAUCUCAUCGAUUACAAUUAUGACGGGGAUAUGGCUGUGAUUAAGGAGUGGGAAGUGGUCUUUCAUUGGAGAUGUAGGUACGGAUGGGAUGAAGAUUUCGGACGAUAUUUUUUCAACCAACUUGAUAGGAACAAGGAUGGUGUGAUGACAAUCGAGGGAGACUUAAACGUACCUUUAAGUUUUCCGGGCGAUGGUUUUAGAUUACGCCAAGUUAGUAGAUUCCGAACAUUUUGCAAUGAAAGAAACAACAAACCAAAAGACUGUGAUAAACUGGAGAAGGAAAAGAACAAUUUGAUUAAUUUUGGAAAUUAUUCCACACCUUAUUUGGCACAGCUUGGAACUUUCUAAAGAAAUGAAUUUUAUAUUAAAAAAGAGGCCAUUUU